AUGUCCCGCGUUGCCAGCAUCGUGAGUGGCGCUGCCUUGGUGCUCUUCGGCGCCGGCUGCUUCGUUGUGCCGAGCAUGCCCCGGAGUGCGCCAGAGCAGGGUGUUCGAAGUGUGGCCACUGAGUCCACCAAGAGCUUCACUGCCACCGAGUCCAGCAGCUGGAGCCCUCUUGCCAUUGGAGCAGCCUUCGGAUUGCUGGCAGCGGUGGUGACUGCUCAGCCGGUCUUGGCAGCAGACUUGGAGAACGGCGAGGCAGUCUUCCAGGGCAACUGCACGGCCUGCCAUGCAGGUGGCAACAACAGCAUCGUGGCCGAGAAGAAGCUGAAGAAAGAUGCCUUGGUGACCUAUGGCAAGUACGAUGUAGGUGCCAUUAUCAAGCAGGUGACCAAUGGCAAUGGCUCCAUGCCUGCCUUCGGUGACAAGCUUGGCCCUGAUGACAUCGAAGAUGUGGCCAACUACGUCUACAACAAGGCGGACAAGUGGCGGAGGCCGGUGGACCGAGGCGUUCGCUUUAUGCCUCGCAACGGAUCCAGGUACAAAGGCCUGGCCGCCCUCAAGGUGCGGCACAACGAGUGCCGAGGACGUCCCUUGGGCAAGCAGUGGGCCGUCCAGGGGACUGGCCAAGAAGCGAAGAAGAAGGAGUAUGACAUGUGCAUGGACUUGAAAGUGAACCAAAAGGAGCUGAUGAAUGCCUCCUGUGAUGGAAACUUCUCGAAGUUCUACAACAAAGUCGUGGCUGAUCAGCAAGGGCGGAAGACGUGGGGCGAAGGGGAAGGACGCCUACGUGGAAGACGGAUCUCAGACCACAGGGCAGUGGGAAGCAACGCCGCGUGGCAGCAGCCGUGCGACAGUAAGCAGGUGACCUACCGGCAGAGCCCACCCAGCGAGCUGCCCUUGGUCCAUCAUCCGGGCUUGGGCGACGUAGAUGUUGAAGGUGAGAAGGUCUUCUGGACCAUCUCCACACCCCAUCUCCGGGGCCCCGUGAAGCGCUCAGGCCAAAUCCAGUUGGAUGGGGAGAUGCUGCAGGGGCGCCAAAUCCAGGUGGACGAACACGUCUUGGAGAUCUACAUGGCGAAGCGGUCAGCUGACGACUUGGAUCCAGAUGAUGUGGGAACCCAUGCCAUGGCCUUCAUUCUGUUGCACCUGGAGCGUUCGGGCUGCCUGAAGCACCGGACCCUGCUGGACAUGGGCUGCGGCACCGGUUUUCUAGGGCUGCUGGCUGCCCGCGGUGCUGGAGCCAAGGUCGUUCUGUCGGACCGUCCGGGGCGAAGCUUGGAGCUCGCGCGCCUCAACGGCAGUGCGGCGGGCGCGGGUGAGGUGGAGGUGAAGGCAUUGGCUUGGGGUUCAGACUUGGUGGAUGAAACGGAAGGCGCGGUCUAUGAUGUCGUGCUUUUGUCGGAGGUGCUUUACGUGGCACAGCCCUCUUGUGUUCCUUGGAGUCUGGAUGAUGCCGACCUGUUAGCACUGGCAGAGAUGACCAAAGCGAAGUUGAGUGCAGAGGGCCACUUGUCUCAGCGGAAGGGAAGGCCACCAGCAGAGCUCUAUUGGUUUCUGGUGGGUUCUGAUCAGAUCCUUUGUGAAAGUCAUGUCUGGGUCACCUACGGCAACCGCGAGAACGGCGGAGCCCAGUUCGCCGCGGCCGCCGCCGCUGCGGGCCUCGCGGUGGAAGAGCGGCGCCUGGAGGAGUUCGUGCCGGCGGAGCUCUUGCAGAGCCGAGCGGCCAGCGCUUUGCGACGGGUGAAGGUGUUUCACCUCCAACACGCCGGCUACCUCAUCGAGCAGUUCGACUAUUUCAGCACGUUGGUGGCGGACUACGAGUACGCCGAGAGGCUGUGCUUCAACCGCACCAGGCGACGGAACCGGGUGCUGGUCAGUCAGGAGAGGGCGGGCAGGGUGCACGGCGACUUCACCGCAGAGUGCGACAACUUCCAGGAGCCGGGUUGA